AUGAGCAAUGUGGAUAGUUUACUACUGGAAAGCGAUGAAGAGGAUUUAGGAGAAUUGGAUCUAUCAAGCAUUACACUAGAAGAGAUCUUACGAGAAGAGGAGCUUGCUUCAAAGAACAUCGAAGACAAAGACAGUACUAAAGACACUCAAGAAGAUGGAGACGAUCUAUUCUUUGCACCUGCUACUUUUACACUUAAAAUUGAGCCAGGACCAGGCAUGGACGUGGUCCCAGCGCCCAAGACGACGUCUGCAGUUCCUGAUAAGACAGAGACACACUUUCGUACUCCAUUGCAAAUUGCAGAAGCAAGAGAGAAGCAGCUAUUGAGCUGUGUAGGGGUCGAGCUCAUCUCUCCUUUGCAAGUAAAGAGAAGAUUACGUGCUCAUGCUCGAUCCAAAGCUCUUCAAUCGCGACGAAAAGGACUUAUCAAUUUAAAGAAAAAUUCAAGAAAAAAGAAAAUUGCAGAAGGAGCAGGAGAUGCAGUUACUACAGCAGAGAAAAAAUCAACUGGAGUUGUCAAGGUGGAACCAAUGGAAGCCAUCAGUCGACAGCUUAGGAAGAAUAUUGAGUUUAAAGAGUACGGUCCUGGAUCACCAACGGUAGUAGCUAUUCACUCGAAGUUUAUUGCUAUUGGUACGUCCAAGGGACUUGUCAUUAUCUUUGACCAUUUUCAGAAUAUACGACAAGUGCUGGGAAAUACAAACGAUGCAGAUGGAGAUGGACCUGUCACAGCUGUGGAUGUGUCUCCUGGUAGUGACUACUUGGUUUGUGGUUACCAAAGUGGACGCAUUGUGCUCUGGGACAUGAUCAAGGGCACGUCCCUCAAAGCGGUGUCGGACGCGCAUGAGAAUCCAGUUGUGAGCUUACGCUUUCUAAAAGACCAGAAGCCUGUGCUGGUCUCAGUAGACACGAAAGGUGUGGUGAACAAGCUCAAUUUCUCCAAAAUGAUGGGAAUGGUGUACGUUGUGGAUGUGGAUCCACUUUACGACGGUUCGGCGGGCAAAAUCCUGUCGAUUUCCGUGCUGCCGCAGUCUGCCGGUAAUGCCAAAAUUUCAUCUCUAACAGACCAGUAUUGCCUUGCUGCUUUGAGUACGGAGACUGUGACGUUUAUUAUCGCCAUCGAACCUGAAGUUCGUGUAAUUUACCGCUGGGUACGACCUGAUGACAUUGCACCAGAUGAUCCGGUGUUGCCGACGUUAGCGUUUGCGUGGAUUUCUUUUCCAGGCAGCUCUCGAGCUCUGGCACCUGUGCUUGCGCGUGGCUGGGGCAACCGUGUGCAGUUUUUGGAGGUUGUUUUUCCUGGUGGUAAGAAUCAUUCGCACGUGCGCCAUGGCUUUCCUACCUUCGAUGAGCAUGACCAGAUCAAAUCGUCGAGUGCUGUUAUGGCUGUCCAGUGGCUUGGAGACCAAGUUGUGGUGUAUUUAAACUCGCAUGACGAAAUAUGCGUGUAUGAUGUCAUGUCUCGCCAAGAGCUGGAGAUCGUAGAUGUGUCAUCGCUAGAACUGGUCUUCGCAUCCUAUCGUGGUAAAAAUGCUCGUAGUUUUUCGAACAGUUUCCGGGGCUGCUACAACAUUUUGUACUUGCUUGGUCUUAAGGAAUUGCAGACAGCUCGUGUAUUACCGUGGACACAACGUAUUGAUUUGUUGGUUGAUGAUGGGGAGUGGUUAGAGGCACUAGCACUUGCUCUGGAUCACUAUGAGGGACUAAAAAUUGCCGCGGCAGAUCGUGCAGCAAGAGACCGAUUCCCGCCUGUUUUUUUUCGUGACAAACAGAAUGAUCAAUGCCUUGUAGACAUUUUACACAUGUGUCAGACCAACCAGCGUACUGGUGAAAAAGAGGAUGUGUUUCGGCAUGAAGAGAGUGCCGACGAAGUACGUUGGGUCUGUGGUGAGGUGCCGUACCCGCCAGAAAUCGCUAAGAAGCUCGAAGAAACCCUUCAGAAGGCACGCAGCGGUGAGGUAACAAAGAAUUUUGUGCCUAUCAGUGUGGCUGAGCGUGUAGCAGACCUGCUUAUGGAGUACGUGCGUCUUGCCAUCGCCAAUGCACCGGGCUCCACUUCUGCAGCAGGAGGUGAAUUAAGUCUCAACAAAAUUGGAAUGAAGCUAGAUUUGGCUAAGAGUCAUUACCAGAUGCUAGCAGGCGUGUGCAUCGAGUUCUGUGCUCUAAUCGGCCGUACUGACCUGCUUUUUGGCGAGAUCUACACACGCUUCAAAGACGCUAACAAGCUGAGUGUGUUGAUAGAACUGUUGGAGCCGUAUAUCCUUUCUGAGAAGUUGCGAAACCUUUCUCCUGUGGCCAUGGAGGAGUUCGUCAGACACUUUAGUACCCAAGGUAAGCUUGCUCAAGUGGAGCAGUGCCUGCUUCACCUGAAUGUGGCUGAAUUGGAUCUGGAUACAAUCCUGAAGCUCUGUCACGAUCACGAGCUAUAUUCAGCUCUCAUAUACAUUUACAACGAAGGAAUGGACGACUAUACGACGCCCAUUGAUGUUCUGUUGGAGGCUUGUUCGGACGCAAAGACGACUGAGUCAAAACCUGCAUCAAAGACAACCUCUAGAGCAACUCGGGCACCAUCUGGAACCCGAGUGAGCAAUCUGGCAUCAGCAUUUGGCGGCACGAGCCGGGCAGGCAGCUCUACAAGCUCAAUUGCAAAGCCUGCAGCAUUGUCAGCGCGAGAGAAAGCUGAAGACGAGGCACUGAGUGGUCCGCGUCGCCGGCGUUUGCUCGGAUACAAGCUGCUGUUAUACAUUUCGUACGCAUUGAGUGGUCGCACAUUCCCGAAACACGAGCAAAUCUCACCUCUAAAGCUAGGAAAGGUGCGUUCGCAGAUUUGCUUUCACUUAUUCGAAGGCCUUGUGGCGGGGUCAUUAAACCCACGACCGUAUCCACGACUUGAGACGCUUAUUGACCUCGAUGCUCGCGAGCUUUUUAACAUCAUGGGACGUAUGUUUGACACGCCUAGCGUUGAAUUUGAAGGUGAAAAGAAGGACGGUUUGGGUCUCCCUACAAGCCGAUAUGACUCAGCCCGUAAUGCUGAGAUGACCAAGUGUCCUAGCCGUCUUUCGAUUGUGCUUUCGCUCGCAGAGGUUAUUUUUGGACCGAAGAGCAUAUUUAGCUCGGUAGAACAUGCCCAUUUCUUCAUGUUCGAGGCUCGGCUUCUCAGUGGCGGUUCUAUCGAGCCGCAGGAAUACGCUGAUGCACGUGCUGAGGCUAUUGGUGAUGCUGGUUCUGCUGGCGGCGCAUCGAUGAUGGAUUCACUGAUGAACUUUCUGGCUCUCGGUCCAGCGUCACUGUUAUCCAAGGGCUCCUCAGCAGUCACGGUCGAAACUUCGCAAGAAGAGGGUUUCGAUAAGGAGGGCCGAGAGGCAAUGCUCGUGCGUCUGUUGACAAAGCUAAAUAAGGCAACUUACAACCACGAAGCUUUGCUGGCUAGUGUCAUUCGAGAAAAAAUGAAUCGCGCUGCUGUGCUGCUGUAUAAGGACAUUGGGGAUAUCAGCAAUGCUAUUGCAUCCUAUCUGGCUGAUGAGGACCAUGAGUAUCAAAUGAAUGCUUUCAGCUAUAUCCGUAUGGAGACCGAUCAGGCAGUAGACGGCGAAGAAAUAGAAAUUCGCAACAGUAAUGACGGCGAGCCUACCCGUCGCCGCCGCAAGUUUAUCGAAGAAGCUAUGCUUAACCAUGCACCUGCACUUAUGAAGACAGACGGAUACGCGUUCGUGACGCUGAUUCUGGGUCAAUUUCCAAAUUUGAACAACAAGGUUAUCCAGAAAUUUCUUUCAAUGGGUAAGGAGGGCGCCAAACUCGAAUUCCUGUACCUCAAGCAGGUGCUCAUGGCCGCAUCAACCACAAGUGGCAGCACAGCAAGUGAUGAAGCUGAUGUCCUGAAAGACCUGCUGGAUCGCUCAAAACUGCGCAUUGCCGACGACCCUGCUGUGCAGGAGCGUUUCGUGCGCCUUCUGUGCGAAUUCGAACCUGCUGGCGUGUUUCCGUAUCUAGAGUCUCACGACAGCUACAAGGUCGACGCGUGCUUACGCCUCUGCAAAGAGUUCGCCAUCACAGACGCCGAAGCGUAUUUGCUUGAGCGCACGGGUGACGUUACUGGCGCACUCACGCUUAUCCUGCAAAGCUUGGAACAAAAGCUCAAGAUUCUUAAGCCUGCUUUGCGUGGAUACAACGUCUCCGCUGUUUCUUCGUCGUCAACUGGCACUUCUGAUGUGCUAGCAGGCGCUGCAAGUAACGCCAACGUCCCCAGUGGCGCCAGACACCAAUCGUCAGACCGAAUCAUUGACAGUGUGCAGGAAGGCAAGGAUGCCAUGAAGACGUUGGAGGUGGCUUUGACAAUGUGUCAGCGUAACUCGUUGCGUAACCGUGAUGAGCAGGCAGAAAAGCUUUGGUUCACGCUGCUGGACAAAUUGCUGCGGAUUCAGAACUCAGUGAAGCGCAGUCUCAGCUCUAAGAGCUCGUCUCGCAACGUACCUGUCACUAGAACACACUCUGGCGGUGGAAACAGCGGUCAUGGUGCCAUGACUGCGUUCCAAGUGGCACUAAACGAAAUGAUUCGUUUCAUUCUUGAACGUAUGGCGUCUUCAGUGUCACUCAAGUCAAUUCUGUUCAAGAUUACAAACGAACACGGCCGUGGUGCCUUUGGUGAUUUCCGGCCAACAAUCUUCGGUAUGUUGGACACGUACAACUACGAACAGAACAUCUAUCAGACCGCAAACGGGCUUAUUAGCGUGGAUCUGUUCGAUCAGAUCACGACGCUGAAGCGAGCCAAGUCCCGCUGUUACGCCACGCCUUCAAAUGUGUGCGGCUACUGUCACGUGCCGCUGUCCAAACCACCUUUUGGGAUGGGUCAAUCUGGAGCUCCUGGCACGGAAAAAUGGCACUUGCACACAUCCAUGGUACUUGUCAUGUCUGGCCAAACCUUCCACGAGUCAUGCGGUAAGGCGUGGCAACAAGGCGUAGAUACUAAGACGCCGGCUGCGCGUGGAGCUCCAUUAGUGAAGCAAUCGCGGAACAACAGCUCGAUGAGUAGCAUGACUAGCGACGGAUUAGCAGAAGAUGAAGCUGGCAGUCGUCUUCAGCGCAAGCAGCCGAGUACAAGACGCUAUUUGGCACGUUUGAAGACCCAGCGUCGUGCUUCGCGACGGCAGGUAUCGCCACACGUUAUCUUAGAGAGUCUGAUCCGUGAAGAUAACGGACGCAACAAGUACCUCAAGAGCUCGCGCGCAGUAUUCUCGCUGCGUCCAGACCCAGAGGUCGCUGCCAGCAAGGUCAAGAAGCGCUUAGGGACACGCAAACCAGGCUCGCUUCCAAUGACGCCCAUCCAGAAAGGCAGCAUCUAA